CUGUUGUUGAGGCCGUCUUACUGUUGAGGCAGUAGUGAUGCCUAUAAUGUCUCACAUCUUAUAGUUCUCACCAAUUGAUGCCCUCUGGAAGUGGAAGACAACAAACAUUGUAUUGAAGACAAUGGGUGACCACAACUCGGAGACCAUCUCUGAUAUACAAAACUAUUUGCAAUCGUUUAACAAAGAGAUCGGCGAAAGCGGUGACAAUGAGUCGGCUUUCUAUGCGAUCGACACACAGAAGUUGGCUCAGGGUAUAGACGAUGGCACUCUUCAGAUGCUGGCAGAACAGGCGGCCACCGGACACACGGCGAGCACAUCCGGUGCCGCCAACGACGCCGGCGGCUAUCAAACGGUGGCCAUCGUUCCCGACGGUGACAGCGGUGGCUAUGUAUUGAUAGUACAACAGCCGCAGACCAGCGAUGGCACGGAACCGGCCAUCACUACUCCCGCCACUACAACCACUCCCAAGACUAGUGCCUCGAAGUCGACCCCAAAGAGCAAACAAAUGCAAACGCGGAUCAAACGCAUCAAACAGGAGAAGAAGGACGCGUCCGAUCGACCCAACGAUAUAUCGGUCUAUGAUUUCGAUGACAUUAAUCUGCCGAACGUUCCCGAAGAGGAAGCCAUCAAUGAGUUGGAGAACACGGCGUCGUUACUCAACGACGAAGACAUGGAUGAUAUGGAUUUGGAUGUGAAGCCAAACAUCACACCGAAGGCACCCAAACGCCAGAAGAAGACACCGACGGCUGUGUCGGCCAAGAAGACGAAAGCGGCGGCCACUCCGGCCACCCCUUCUUCCAACCCUAACCAACAUAUGUGUAAUUAUUGUAAUUAUACGAGUAAUAAGAGGUACCUCUUGUCCCGACACAUGAAGUCCCACAGCGAAGAGCGUCCGCAUAAGUGUGGCAUUUGUGAGCGCGGUUUCAAGACAAUAGCGUCGCUUCAGAAUCACGUCAACACACACACCGGUGUCCGACCGCACGGAUGUAAAUACUGUGACGCGGCGUUCACCACAUCUGGAGAGCUGGUCCGACACGUCCGCUACAGACACACCCACGAGAAGCCUCACAGAUGUACUGAAUGUGAUUACGCGUCCGUCGAGUUGUCUAAACUGAAGCGACACAUGAGAUGUCACACCGGAGAGCGUCCGUAUCAGUGCCCGCAUUGCACUUAUGCCAGUCCUGACACUUACAAAUUGAAAAGACAUCUCAGAAUACACACCGGCGAGAAGCCAUACGAGUGCGAUGUAUGUCACGCCCGGUUCACACAAAGCAACUCACUUAAGGCGCAUCGACUCAUCCACAGCGGCAACAAACCAGUGUUCAAAUGCGAACUCUGUCCGACCACAUGUGGCCGUAAGACUGAUCUCCGAAUACACGUCCAAAAGCUUCACACAAGCGAUAAACUGUUGUCGUGUAAGAGAUGUGAUCAGAGUUUUCCCGAUCGCUACCACUUUAAGAUGCAUCUGAAGACACACGAGGGCGAGAAGUGCUUUAAAUGUGAUUUAUGUAAUUACGCCAGUGUUUCGGCCCGACAUCUCGAGUCUCAUAUGUUGAUACAUACCGACCAAAAACCGUUUAACUGCGAUUUAUGUGAGCAAUCGUUUCGACAAAAGCAGUUACUGAAGAGACACAAGAAUCUAUACCAUAAUCCCAAUUACAUUGCGCCGCAACCCAAGGAGAAGACACACGAGUGUCCGCAGUGUAACAAAGCGUUCAGACAUAAGGGCAAUCUGAUGAGACAUCUGGCCAUUCAUGAUCCCGACGCCUACAAAGACCAGAACAUAAACUUC